UCAUGCCUGCCCGCCCCGGAGGCUCUGCAGACCCAGCCAGGGGGCUGACCAGUUGUGCCUGGGAAGCCAGUUUCCUUUCCUUCCCCGGGCCACUGGCAUGUGUGUGCCCUGCACAGCCAGGGAUUUGCAGCUGUCCCAGUUGCAGACUUGCCGACUUGCGUUUUUAGCCGAAAAUGCAGGCUGAUAAAUACAGGACAAGUAGUAGAAGUGUUAAAAAGGAGCUGGUGAUCGAGUCCCCCCUGCAAUGCAAGGAUGCAGCUCAGGGUGAAGUGGAAGCAGAGAGCCCGUGCCCCGUGUUGGCAAAGCCAAAGCUAAUUGAGCCAUUAGAUUAUGAAAAUGUCAUUGUCCAGAAGAAGACUCAGAUCCUGAAUGACUGCCUAAGGGAGAUGCUGCUCUUCCCUUACGAUGACUUUCAGACCGCCAUCCUGAGACGUCAGGGCCGGUACAUAUGCUCAACAGUUCCUGGGAAGGCAGAAGAGGAAGCACAGAGCUUAUUUGUUACAGAGUGCAUCAAAACCUACAACUCUGACUGGCAUCUUGUGAACUAUAAAUAUGAAGAUUACUCAGGAGAGUUUCGACAGCUUCCAAACAAAGUGCCCAAGUUGGAUAAACUUCCAGUUCAUGUCUAUGAAGUUGACGAGGAGGCUGACAAAGAUGAGGAUGCCGCCUCCCUUGGAUCUCAGAAGGGUGGGAUCACCAAGCACGGGUGGCUGUACAAAGGCAACAUGAACACUGCCAUCAGCGUGACCAUGAGGUCGUUUAAGAGACGAUUUUUCCACCUGAUUCAACUUGGUGAUGGAUCCUAUAAUUUGAAUUUUUAUAAAGACGAAAAGAUCUCUAAAGAACCAAAAGGAUCGAUAUUUCUGGAUUCCUGUAUGGGUGUGGUUCAGAAUAACAAAGUCAGGCGUUUUGCUUUUGAACUGAAGAUGCAGGACAAAAGUAGUUAUCUUCUGGCAGCAGAUAGUGAAGUGGAAAUGGAAGAAUGGAUCACAACUUUAAAUAAGAUUCUCCAGCUCAACUUUGAAGCUGCAAUGCAAGAAAGGCGAAACGGAGACUCUCAUGAAGAUGACGAACAAAGCAAAUUGGAAGGUUCUGGUUCUGGUUUAGACAGCUACCUACCUGAACUUGUCAAGAAUACCAGAGAUGCUGAAAUCAAACUGAAAAGUGAAAGCAGAGUUAAACUUUUUUACUUGGACCCAGAUGCCCAGAAGCUUGACUUUUCGUCACAUGAGCCAGAAGUGAAGCCAUUUGAAGAGAAAUUUGGAAAAAGAAUUCUUGUCAAGUGCAAUGAUUUAUCUUUCAAUUUGCAAUGCUGUGUUGCCGAAAAUGAAGAAGGACCCACUACAAAUGUUGAGCCUUUCUUUGUUACUCUGUCCCUGUUUGACAUAAAAUACAACCGAAAGAUUUCUGCCGAUUUCCACGUGGACCUGAACCAUUUCUCUGUGAGGCAGAUGCUGGCCACCACAUCCCCAGCUCCUGUGAAUGGCAGUAGGCAGAGCCCGUCUGUCCUUCAGGGCAUCCUUCAUGAAGCCGCCAUGCAGUACCCGAAGCAGGGAAUAUUUUCAGUCAUGUGUCCUCAUCCCGACAUAUUUCUUGUGGCUAGAAUUGAAAAGGUCCUUCAGGGGAGCAUUGCACAUUGUGCUGAGCCAUAUAUGAAAAGUUCAGACUCUUCUAAGGUGGCUCAGAAGGUGCUGAAGAAUGCCAAGCAAGCCUGUCAAAGACUGGGACAGUACAGAAUGCCAUUUGCUUGGGCAGCGAGGACAUUGUUUAAGGAUGCAUCUGGAAACCUUGACAAAAAUGCCAGAUUUUCUGCCAUCUACAGGCAAGACAGCAAUAAGCUAUCCAAUGAUGACAUGCUCAAGUUACUUGCAGACUUUCGGAAACCUGAGAAGAUGGCUAAACUACCAGUGAUUUUAGGCAAUCUAGACAUUACAAUUGAUAAUGUUUCCUCAGAGUUCCCUAAUUAUGUUAAUUCAUCAUACAUACCCAUGAAGCAUUUCGACCCCUGUGCUAAAACUCCAAUCACAUUUGAAGUAGAGGAGUUUGUGCCCUGCAUACCAAAACACACUCAGCCUUACACCAUUUACAAUAAUCACCUUUACGUGUAUCCUAAGUGCUUGAAAUAUGACAGUCAGAAGUCUUUUGCCAAGGCCAGAAAUAUUGCUAUUUGCAUUGAGUUCAAAGACUCAGAUGAGGAAGACUGUCAGCCCCUGAAGUGCAUUUAUGGCAGACCUGGUGGGCCAGUGUUCACAAGAAGUGCCUUUGCUGCGGUUUUACACCAUCACCAAAACCCAGAGUUUUAUGAUGAGAUUAAAAUAGAACUACCCACUCAGCUACAUGAAAAGCACCAUUUGUUGUUCACAUUCUUCCACGUCAGCUGUGAUAAUUCAAGUAAAGGAAGCACAAAGAAGAAGGAUGUUGUUGAAACCCAAGUUGGUUAUUCCUGGCUGCCGCUCCUGAAGGAUGGAAGGGUGGUGACUAGUGAGCAGCAUGUCCCUGUCUCGGCUAACCUUCCACCUGGCUACCUCGGCUACCAGGAACUGGGGAUAGGCAGGCAUUAUGGUCCAGAAAUUAAAUGGGUAGAUGGAGGCAAACCACUGUUGAAAGUUUCAACUCACCUGGUUUCCACAGUGUAUACUCAGGAUCAACACUUACAUAAUUUUUUCCAGUACUGUCAGAAAACUGAAUCCGGAGCCCAAGCCUUAGGGAAUGAACUUGUAAAAUACCUUAAGAGCCUACAUGCCAUGGAAGGCCAUGUGAUGAUCGCCUUCCUGCCCACCAUCUUGAACCAGCUCUUCCGAGUCCUCACCAGAGCAACCCAGGAAGAAGUUGCAGUGAACGUGACUCGGGUCAUUAUCCAUGCGGUUGCCCAGUGCCAUGAAGAAGGACUAGAGAGCCACCUGAGGUCAUACGUUAAGUAUGCAUAUAAGGCCGAGCCAUAUGUUGCUUCUGAAUAUAAAACAGUGCAUGAAGAACUGGCCAAAUCUAUGACCACAAUUCUCAAGCCUUCUGCUGAUUUCCUCACCAGCAACAAACUACUUAAGUAUUCCUGGUUUUUCUUUGAGGUGCUGAUAAAAUCCAUGGCCCAGCAUUUGAUAGAGAACUCCAAGGUUAAGUUACUGCGAAACCAGAGAUUCCCUGCAUCCUAUCAUCAUGCAGUGGAAACCGUUGUGAAUAUGCUGAUGCCACACAUCACUCAGAAGUUUCGAGAUAACCCAGAGGCAUCUAAGAAUGCAAAUCAUAGCCUUGCUGUCUUCAUCAAGAGAUGUUUCACCUUCAUGGACAGGGGCUUUGUCUUUAAGCAGAUCAACAACUACAUUAGCUGCUUUGCUCCUGGAGACCCAAAGACCCUCUUUGAAUACAAGUUUGAAUUUCUCCGUGUGGUGUGCAAUCAUGAACAUUAUAUUCCUUUGAAUUUACCAAUGCCAUUUGGAAAAGGCAGGAUUCAGAGAUACCAAGACCUUCAGCUUGACUACUCGUUAACAGACGAGUUCUGCAGAAACCACUUUUUGGUGGGACUGUUAUUGAGAGAGGUGGGGACUGCCCUCCAGGAGUUCCGGGAGGUCCGUUUGAUCGCCAUCAGUGUGCUCAAGAACCUGCUUAUAAAGCAUUCUUUUGAUGACAGAUAUGCUUCCAGGAGCCACCAGGCAAGGAUAGCCACUCUCUAUCUGCCUCUGUUCGGGCUGCUGAUUGAAAACGUCCAGCGGAUCAACGUGAGAGAGGUGUCGCCCUUCCCUGUCAACCCAGGCAGUACUGGGAAGGAUGAAUCCCUCGCUUUACCAGCUGUGAAUCCACUGGUGACGCCGCAGAAAGGAAGCACGUUGGAUAACAGCCUGCACAAGGACCUCUUGGGUGCCAUCUCUGGCAUCGCUUCUCCGUAUACGACCUCAACUCCAAACAUCAACAGCGUGAGAAAUGCCGACUCAAGAGGGUCUCUCAUAAGCACUGAUUCGGGUAACAGCCUUCCAGAGAGAAAUAGUGAGAAGAGCAAUUCUCUGGAUAAGCAUCAACAAAGUAGCACUUUGGGAAAUUCUGUGGUUCGCUGUGACAAACUUGACCAGUCUGAAAUUAAGAGCCUGCUGAUGUGUUUCCUCUACAUCUUAAAAAGCAUGUCUGAUGAUGCUUUGUUUACGUAUUGGAACAAGGCUUCAACAUCUGAACUUAUGGAUUUUUUCACAAUAUCUGAAGUCUGCUUGCACCAGUUCCAGUACAUGGGGAAGCGCUACAUAGCCAGGAACCAGGAGGGGUUGGGACCCAUAGUUCAUGAUCGAAAAUCUCAGACAUUGCCUGUUUCCCGUAACAGAACAGGAAUGAUGCAUGCCAGAUUGCAGCAGCUGGGCAGCCUGGAUAACUCUCUCACUUUUAACCACAGCUACGGCCACUUGGAUGCAGAUGUUCUUCACCAGUCACUGCUUGAAGCCAACAUUGCCACUGAAGUUUGCCUUACGGCUCUGGACACUCUCUCUCUGUUUACAUUGGCAUUUAAGAACCAGCUCUUGGCUGACCAUGGACAUAAUCCUCUCAUGAAAAAAGUUUUUGACGUCUACUUGUGUUUUCUUCAAAAACAUCAGUCAGAAACAGCUUUAAAAAAUGUCUUCACUGCCUUAAGGUCCUUAAUUUAUAAGUUCCCCUCCACAUUCUAUGAGGGGAGAGCGGACAUGUGUUCCGCUCUGUGCUAUGAGAUUCUCAAGUGCUGCAACUCUAAGCUGAGCUCCAUCAGAACCGAGGCCUCCCAGCUGCUCUACUUCCUGAUGAGAAACAACUUUGACUAUACUGGAAAGAAGUCCUUUGUCCGGACACAUUUGCAGGUCGUUAUUUCCGUCAGCCAGCUGAUAGCAGAUGUUGUUGGCAUUGGGGGAACCAGGUUCCAGCAGUCCCUGUCCAUUAUCAACAACUGUGCCAACAGUGACCGGCUCAUCAAGCACACCAGCUUCUCCUCUGAUGUGAAGGACUUGACCAAAAGGAUACGCACAGUUCUGAUGGCCACCGCCCAGAUGAAGGAGCACGAGAAUGACCCAGAGAUGCUCGUGGACCUCCAGUACAGUCUAGCCAAGUCUUAUGCCAGCACGCCCGAGCUCAGGAAGACAUGGCUUGAUAGCAUGGCCAGGAUCCACGUCAAAAAUGGGGAUCUUUCAGAGGCAGCGAUGUGCUAUGUCCACGUUACAGCCCUGGUGGCAGAAUACCUCACACGGAAAGGCAUGUGUAGACAGGGGUGCACAGCUUUCAGGGUCAUCACCCCCAACAUAGAAGAAGAAGCCUCCAUGAUGGAAGACGUUGGGAUGCAGGACGUCCAUUUCAACGAGGACGUGCUGAUGGAGCUCCUCGAGCAGUGUGCAGAUGGACUCUGGAAAGCCGAGCGCUACGAGCUGAUUGCUGACAUCUAUAAGCUCAUCAUCCCCAUUUAUGAGAAGCGGAGGGAUUUCGAGAGGCUGGCCCAUUUGUAUGACACGCUGCACCGGGCCUACAGCAAAGUGACCGAGGUCAUGCACUCGGGCCGCAGGCUCCUGGGGACCUACUUCCGGGUGGCCUUCUUUGGACAGGGAUUCUUUGAAGAUGAAGAUGGAAAGGAGUAUAUUUACAAAGAACCCAAACUCACACCUCUAUCAGAAAUUUCUCAGAGACUCCUUAAACUUUACUCAGAUAAAUUUGGUUCUGAAAAUGUCAAAAUGAUACAAGAUUCUGGCAAGGUGAACCCUAAGGAUCUGGAUUCCAAGUAUGCAUACAUCCAAGUGACUCAUGUGACCCCAUUCUUUGAUGAAAAAGAAUUGCAGGAAAGGAAAACAGAGUUUGAAAGAUCACACAACAUCCGCCGCUUCGUGUUUGAGAUGCCCUUUACCCAGGCCGGGAAGAGGCAGGGUGGGGUAGAAGAGCAGUGCAAACGGCGCACCAUCCUGACAGCAAUACACUGCUUCCCCUACGUGAAGAAGCGGAUCCCCGUCAUGUACCAGCACCACACCGACCUGAACCCCAUCGAAGUGGCCAUUGAUGAGAUGAGCAAGAAGGUGGCAGAACUCCGGCAGCUAUGCUCCUCGGCCGAGGUGGACAUGAUCAAACUGCAGCUCAAACUGCAGGGCAGUGUGAGCGUUCAGGUCAAUGCUGGCCCAUUAGCGUAUGCCCGAGCUUUCUUAGAUGACACAAACACAAAAAGAUACCCCGACAAUAAAGUGAAAUUGCUUAAGGAAGUUUUCAGGCAAUUUGUGGAAACAUGUGGUCAGGCCUUAGCAGUAAAUGAACGUCUGAUUAAAGAAGACCAGUUAGAGUAUCAGGAAGAAAUGAAAGCCAACUACAGGGAAAUGGCAAAAGAGCUUUCUGAAAUCAUGCAUGAGCAGAUCUGUCCACUGGAGGAGAAGGCAAGCGUUUUACCGAACUCCCUUCACAUCUUCAAUGCCAUCAGCGGGACCCCAACAAGCACAAUGGUUCAUGGAAUGACCAGCUCGUCCUCGGUGGUGUGACCAUGCUUCAUGGACCACGUAGGGGACUUGCUUUCUAGUUUGCAAACUCAGGAUGAUUUCCAAAGCUAAUCACUGGGGAGAUCAAGCACAGGGAGAAGCCAGAAGGAAUGAGAGAGAAAGGAGAGAGAGGACUGUUGUUUCUUAGCAGAUUUUUUACAGGCGAUGUAAGAGGAUGCACAUAUUUUUUUAAAUCUCACCGGCAAUAUUCUAAGUUUUCAUCGUGUCUUAACAGAGGUGUGUGGUAGACACUUUUAAGCUGGAAUUAAAUUUUAUUCUUUCUUACAGAGUAGUAGUAAAAUAAGCGGCCUGAAAAAAAAGUGUUUCAGAAUGUACAUGGUAGAGAUAGCAGCACUGAAGCUGAGGCCUGAGGGGCCACAUUUUGCCUCUAGGCUGAGCUGGAAAAUCUUAAAAAUAUUUUUUCCCCCUGUGGCAUAUUCAGGUUGAAUACAAAAACUAUUUUUGUGACUAGUUUUUGAUGACCUAAGGGAAACUGACCAUUGUAAUUUUUGUACCAGUGAACCAGGAGAUUUAGUGCUUUUAUACUCACUUCCUUGCAUUUAAAAAAUAUGAAAGCUUAAGAAACUAUGUGAGCUUAAAACUAGUCAAGCAAUUUAGCACCAAAGGCCUGUAUUAAUAAACACAACUAUGCUAAAAGUUAAAAGUAGUAUGGUAUAUUGUUAUGUACAUAUAGUUUGUUAAUACAGUCUCAGUGUUCUGUACAUACCUGUAUUAUUACAUUUCUACAUUUUUUAAUACAUCAGCUUCUGCAUUAAGUUUAAUUGUGACAAAUUUGUGUUCUUAGUAUAUUCAGUACACUUCACUGUUUUAUUCUUGUACAUAAAAGAAGUGCAGUAUGGAGAUGUAUACAGUCUUUGCUAUAUUAGGUUUAUAAACAGUUUUAAAAAUUUCGUCAUUUUGCCAAAAUGGUGGAGUAUGUCAUUGGUGAAUUAUAAAUCCUGUGGUGAAUGGUGGUAUAAUUUAAAGCUUUCACCAUGUUAUAUUUUCUUUGAAGAUAUUAAUUUAGUAAUUUUAUAUUUGGGAAAAUAAAAGUUUUUAAUUUUAUUUAACUGGGAUCACUGCCCUGCUGUAAUUAAACAUUCUGUAUCACAUCUGUAUUAAAAUAACCUUGCUGA